AUGGAGAUGAUAUUCAUUGAUGAACAAGGUGAUACGGUGCAAGCUUCCAUUAAGUAUACACUGUUAUACAGAUUUGGUCUAAGAUCAAAUGUCAAGACCUACAAGCAUGCCUUGAAUGACUAUAGAGUCACUUUUGAAUAUACAUCUACUGUGAGAGAAGUUGACGUUCCGUCCAUUCCAAUGUAUUCAUCUAAGUUCACACCUUACGCAGAUAUACAACAAGCGUCAAACAACAAUGAGUAUACGAUAGAUGUUAUUGGUUCGCUUUUGUCGAUAAGUUCAGUGAAUCACCUAUCGGGUGGAACAAAACAAAACAUUCCAUUUGAACUUGAAGAUAUUGAUGGUUCGAAGGUUAACUGUUUGUUAUGGGGAAAGUUUGCUGAAUACAUACUUCAACGAAUUCAAGAUAUUGGUGUAGAGCCGUAUAUUGUUGUAAUACAAUUUGCAACGACUGAGAUAAAGAAUGAUAUUAGUGAAGUUCAGGUAUCUAACCAUUGGCAUUCAUCACGCGUGCUUAUAAAUGAGGAUAUACCUGCAAUUAAUGAGUUCAAAUCGAGUCUCAUUCGGAGUAAACCAAAUAGUGGUCAAGUGAUAAGUCAAAAAUCGUCGCAGUCUUCUUACUCGAUGGAAGAUGAUUUCAUACGUAAGACUGUCAGAAAAAUUUUGGACGAACUGAGUGACACAAAUGAGCCUGGCAAAUAUGUUGUAUUGGCCACUAUUAAGGGUCUUGUGAAAACAUCAAAGUGGUGGUACAAUGGUUGCAUUAAGUGUAAUAGAUCUGCUAGACAAGAUUCAAAAAUGUGGUAUUGUCACGUUUGCAUAGCUCAUUGGCCUACUGCUAAGCCAACUUAUAAAGUUGAAGUCAUUGUCAUGGACGAUACAAAUUCAGCUUCGAUGAUUGUAUUUGGGAAAAAAGCUGAAAGGUUGCUAGAUAUUCAUGUAGAAGUAUUAAUUCAAACGGUCCAAAACAGGGGAGAAGAACCUGUGGAGUAUCCUAUGGAACUUGAGGGGUUAAUUGAUCGAAGAAUGUUAUUCAAAAUUGCUAUCAAGGCUGAUAAUGUUGUCAAUGAAGAUCAUAAAACGUAUAAUGUUCAAAAAGUUUGCAGAGAUGAUGCUAUCAUUGCUUCAUUUUUGAAGCAUUACGAAAUGGAUGCGGACUUUGGAACAUGUUUUAAUUUUAACGAUGGCGUUGUGGAUGGUGAUAUCACAACUAAUGCUAUUAUGGAUGAUGAUGUCAACACUAUUACUCCAAUGAAGCGAUCCAACGAUUGUAUUUUGGAUAGUAUUCUCAAUGAUCCUACCGUCCAGCAAUCAUCCACCAAAUUAUUGAAAAAGAUCAAACAAGUGAAAAUAGAGUAA